UCUUUCCGACUAUAAAUGCUUCUUCAUCUGCCAAGAAAAAAAAAAUCAUGCACACAAUGUCUCCCUCAGCUCUUGCGCUAAUCCUCUUGGUCCUCCUAGCAUCCUUCAGUUUGCUUUUCCGAGCUUUCUCACCAUCAGAAUCUUCUAGAAAUUUCAAGAAACUUCCUCCAGGUCCACGUGGCAUGCCGAUCGUCGGACACCUCCACAUGUUGGGGAAACUCCCACACCAAACCCUAGCUCACUUGGCCAAGAAGUACGGACCCAUCAUGUCCAUCCGGCUCGGAAGUGUCCGGACCAUUGUUGUCUCGUCUCCGCGCGCCGCCGAGCUUUUUCUCAAGACUCACGACAACAUUUUUGCAAGCCGACCUAAAGCUCAAGCCCCCGAGAUCAUGUCGUACGGGACCAAGGCCAUGGCGUUGCAGCCGUACGGUCCGUACUGGAGAAAUGUACGGAAAUUAUGCGUAGUACAUCUGCUAAGCGCGUCCAAGAUCGAGCAGUUUAAACCCGUCCGGACAGAAGAGAUUGGUCUGUUGAUGAAUCAUCUGAAAAUGGCGGCGGAGAAGAAUGAGGUGGUGAAUGUCAGUAAAAUACUGGUGGAGCUUCUAGAGAAUUUGCUGUAUAGACUGAUUUUGGGACGCGGUAAAAACGACGACGACGACGUGAAGCUUAAAGAGCUUGUGGAGGAGAUUGUGUCUCUGACGGGAGCUUUCAAUAUCUCCGACUAUUUACCUUUACUUGCGCCAUUAGAUCUUCAGGGCUUAGCUCGGAGGAUGAGACACUUAAGCAAGUCAAUGGACAUAAUACUUGAAAAUAUCAUUGAAGAACAUGAACAACAAAACAGGGAUCAUAAGUCCAAGGACCACAAGGACUUCGUGGAUGUACUUUUGUCUUUGCUGAAUCAACCCAUGAACGAACAAGAUGAACAUUCAGAAAUAAUUGGUCGGACCCAUGUUAAAUCGAUACUGCUAGACAUGGUUGCAGCAGCACUAGAGACCUCUGCAACGGCGAUCGAAUGGAUCUUCUCAGAGAUCUUGAAGAACACCCGAAUCAUGAAAAAGUUACAAGACGAGUUAAAAAAUAUCGUCGGGAUGGAUAGGAUGGUCAACGAGACUGAUUUAUCGAAGCUCACAUAUUUGGACAUGGUUAUAAAAGAAGGGUUUAGGUUGCAUCCUGUUGCACCCCUCUUGAUUCCUCACGAAUCCGUGGAAGAUGUUGUUCUUGAUGGAUUCUACAUACCAAAAAAAUCUCGAGUCUUGGUUAAUGUCUGGUCCAUCGGACGAGAUCGUGAUGUGUGGGGAGACAACAACGAAGAAUUCAAUCCCGAGAGGUUUGAGAACGACGAUAUUGAUAUUAAUGGCUUAGAUUUCAGGCUUAUUCCUUUUGGUUCCGGACGAAGAAGAUGCCCCGGUAUGCAGAUGGGAUUGCUAAAUUUAAGGCUUGUUAUAGCUCAAUUGGUUCACUGCUUUGAUUGGGUGUUGCCGGUUGGAAUGGUUCGCGAGGAGCUUGACAUGAAUGAGAAAUUCGGUUUGACAGUUGGAAGAGCAAACAAUGUGUUUGCCACACCAAUCUAUCGAUUGAACUGUUAGAGAUUAUUGUAUAAUCAAGCAUAUGCAUAUGUAUCAACGUCAAAGCACGGAAACACGACCGAUCCAGACAUGUUUCAUAACUUUAUUGCUUUCCUCAUAGGUAUGUUUGGAAGCACU